AUGCGACUACCGCUCGUCGCAUACUCCCUCCUCUCCCUAUGUGGGCUGGCACGCGCCUCGCCAUAUCGCGAUGACCUCACUCAGUACAACCUUAAUGUCAACCAAAAUGCCGCCUCUCCCAUCGAAUACAAAGCUUCGCGCCCCAAUACCACGUAUACACCCUCACCGACCAACUGGCGGUCGAUACCCUUCUACACCAUCCUUAUGGACAAGUUCGCAGACGGCGAUCCAUCCAACGACGAUUACUUUGGCACCAUGUUCGAGUCCGACUGGCGAGAGACACAGCUGCGGUCCGGAGGCGAUUUGAAAGGCUUGGUUUCUAAGCUGGACUACAUUCAGGGAAUGGGUGUCCAGGGCAUAUUCAUCUCCGGCACCCCGUUUCUGAACAUGCUAUGGCAGGCAGACAGUUAUUCCCCUCUCGAUUUCACUGUCCUCGACCCUCACUGGGGUACUAUUGAUGAUUGGCGGUGGGCAAUCGACCAGAUUCACGCGCGUGGGAUGUACUUCAUGGCAGAUUUCACCGUUGGAACUAUGGCAGAUCUGAUUGGUUUCGAAGGGCAUCUCAACUCAUCUACUCCAUUUGAUCUCGACGAAUAUGAUUCUGUAUGGAAGAACCCCACGUAUACUCCUUGGAAUUUUACGGAGUACAAGGAUUUCUCGAUUGUGAACGAGCGCAAUACCUCAUGCAAACUCCCUACCCUCUGGCUCAAUGACGGGACAGUCGUAGACCCGGGGCACACCGGAUGCAUGGAGUCUGAUUUUGACCAGUAUGGUGAUAUGGAGGCCUUUGGUGUCCAUCCUGAUUGGGAACGUCAGCUGGCGAAAUUCGCGUCGGUGCAGGAUCGUCUUCGUGAAUGGAAGCCCGAGGUCAUGGCGAAACUUCAGGUCUUCGCGUGUAUGGCAAUCGAGGCACUUGACUUGGAUGCCAUCCGUGUCGACAAAUCUACUCAAGUCACUGUCGAUGCCCUUGCUUCCUGGGCUUCAAGCACGCGUUCUUGCGCCUCUGCGGUCGGAAAGAAGAAUUUCUACAUCUCCGGCGAAGUCACUGGUGGUGACACGUUUGGUUCUUUGUACUAUGGGCGUGGCAGAACACCUACUCAGCUUCCACCCGGUUUCCUGGCCGCUGCUAACCUCACGGCAAGCCAGAACGAAUACUUCCUUCGCGACAAACCACUCAACGCUCUCGAUGGUGUCGCCUUCCAUUAUUCCAUCUACCGCUCUUUGUCGCGUUUCCUUGGGAUGGAUGGAAAUUUGCAGGUGGCUUUCGAUGUCGAUGUCAACUUCGUGACUGCUUGGAACCAGAUGUUCGUCAACAAUGAUUUUCUUAAUCCUGGAACCGGCGUGGUAGACCCUCGCCAUAUGUUUGGGACGAGUAACUUCGAUGUCUUCCGUUGGCCUAGUUUGGAGAACGGCACGCAGCGUAGUGUCCUGGGAACUUUCAUCACUUCGCUGGUUAUGCCUGGUAUACCUCUGUUGUACUAUGGCGAGGAGCAGAAUUUCUACGUCUAUGAUACUGGUGCUGCAAAUUACUUGUAUGGUCGUCAGGCAAUGUUCAGCACCAAGGCAUGGCAACGUCACGGAUGCUACCGCUUGGGUUCCGAGCAGUAUUUCAAUAUGCCUCUUGACAAGUCUGUGAUCGGCUGUAUGGAUGAUUGGAAUUCACUGGACCACUUCGAUCCCACGGCCGACAGCAGGCGCAUGAUUUCGCAUUUCAUGUACCUGCGAACUGUCUACAAUGCUUUGCAGGAUGGUUUCAAUCUCGUACAACGUGGUAACUGGACUUACAUGAUUCAACGCCCUGGUUCGAACGAAACUGAGACCGAGAUGGGUCUUUGGUCCGCUUCACGCUCUGGAAUCUCUGGCGUGCAGACGCUCACUGGUAAUCAUACGGAUCAAGUUUGGUUGCUCUUCACGAACGAGAACAGCACACAGACUUAUCAGUUCGACUGCAAAGGCUCGCUAUGGAUCUCAUCGCCGUAUCAGUCUGGUACCAUUGUCCGGAAUCUCUUUGCUCCUUUCGAACAGUACACCCUCCAGGACUCACUUUCUUCCUACAACAACGACGGAAAAGCUCCUUACUAUGGUUGCCUGAACACGAUUACUAUGGACCCAUAUGGUUACAAGGCGCUCGUACCUCUCGCUGAAUGGGUUGGCCCUCGCGCCGCAUUGACGAGUUUCUAUCCUGGUCAUGACGCUCGCCUCGAUUCGAGCGUGAAUUCUUCGACCGUUACUGUCAGGUUCGAAUUUAAUGUCGCCAUGGACUGCGAUAGCAUCACGAGCGCGCUCUCGCUUAAUAUGUCUUCCUCGGGCAAAGGCAGUACUCCUUCGUUCAGCAAGACUGCCAUCAGCUGUGGAGCCGUCACUAACCCAGCGGCCACCACGUUGCCGGGCGAUAUGACGUCUGCAUAUUAUUGGUCUGUCGAGCUGCAGAAUGUUCCUGACGGCAUUCUCGCUCUUACGCUCAACAAGCCGGCAGCGGCUGAUGGCACUACCACCAAUACUGUUGACACACUCCUGCUUCGCAAAGGAGCCUCGGAUAAUGUCAUCGUUUUCCCCGAUUCCGACUACGACAGCAGCUCCUUCGGCUUCUCCAGUGGUCAGUACACCUUCGCGCACAAAGCAUAUGGUGCCGACAGCUUCCGUUACUCGUGGAACUAUGGUAUGAAUUGGACGACUUGGAAGAAUUGGGAGGAUACGACCACCAUCGACGAGAGCGUGUUUGCCUCUUCGGACAACUUUUGGACGGGUCAGCACAUCAUGGUGCAAUAUUGGAGUGACGUCGCCAAGUCUGCGAGCAUGGUCGUCCAUGCGGAUCGUGGUUUCUCCCAGGAACGCCGUGUUCCACAGUUCCUUGCUCGUGGUCCGUUUAAUCAGUGGGGUUUCGAUCAGGGUAUCUCUGCAGAAAUGACUCAGAGCGGAGACGGGAAGUGGGAGCUAGAGAUCAUGGCUAAUUGGCCGACAUACGUGCAGUUGAACGUCUUCGGAUACGACAACUACUACUACGGCGAUGUCGAUGGCGACGGCGUGUUGGACCGCCUACCCCCUAACACUGCAGCGCCAAACUAUCUUAAUAUGUCCGCCCCUCCACAUCCCCAUCUAGCGUGGAACUUGGUCGUCGAUGAUCGCAGCAUGACUUGGACGCUCGUCCCUCGCGGUCAGUCGGCUGUCGGUGCUAUCAUGUACGCGUUAUUGCUCUCGAUUCCUGUCGUCACCGGUACGCUCGCCGUCGUCAUCUUCAUGUGGUCGUUCUAUGGUAUCAGACAUAACAAGUGGGGAGUCAAACCCGCCAAGGACCAUAGUCACUACUUCCCUAUCCUCGGCACUCUUGGUAACAAGUCGAAAUCUGAUCUCGACGGCGGUGUACUCACUACAGAGAAAAUCUUUGGACAUCAUAAGCAUGGGGACAUCAUCGGUUGGCCAGAGCUCAAAGACAAACGCCGCAAGGUCAUCAUCGCGACCCUGGAGUAUGAGAUCAUCGAUUGGAAGGUCAAGGUCAAGAUCGGUGGUCUUGGUGUCAUGUCUAGUCUGAUGGGUAAAGCAAUGACGGAUGUCGACCUCGUGUGGGUUAUUCCCAAGGUCAAGGAUGUCGAGUACCCUCAGGGAGACCCAGCGGAGCCUAUCGAGGUCAUCAUUUUCGGAGAGCCCUACCUCAUCGAAGUCGAAACGCACGUUCUGGAUAACAUCACCUAUGUCAUUCUCGAUAGCCCGGUCUUCCGAGCUCAGACCAAGGCCGACCCUUACCCUGCUCGCAUGGACGACCUCUCCUCUGCCAUCUUCUAUUCGACUUGGAACCAGGCUAUUGCUGCUACUGUCCGCAGGAUGCCCGAUAUCGAUAUUUAUCACAUCAACGACUACCAUGGUGCCUUGGCCCCCAUCUAUCUGCUACCGAAAGUCCUUCCUGUCUGCUUGUCGCUUCACAACGCCGAAUUCCAAGGUCUCUGGCCGCUUCGCACAAAGGAGGAGAUGAAGGAGGUCUGUUCGGCAUUCAACAUCAGCAAGGAGCACUGUACGAAAUACGUUCAAUUUGGUAACACGUUCAACUUGCUGCACGCCGCUGCCUCUUUCAUCGCCGUGCACCAGAAAUCCAUCGGUGUCGCCGGUGUCUCCGACAAAUAUGGUAAACGCAGUUGGGCUCGUUACCCCGCGUUGUGGACCCUCAAGCACGUCGACUCUUUGCCUAAUCCUGACCCUAGCGAUAUCGAGGCUCUUGACGAACACGCUGUCAAGGUCAAGGACAUUCAGAUCGAUCAGAGCGCGGAAGCCGAACGUCCUGAGCACAAACGUCAAGCACAGGAAUGGGCUGGUAUCAAUCAAGAUCCUCACGCGGAUCUGUUCGUCUUCGUCGGUCGUUGGUCAAAGCAAAAGGGUGUCGAUUUGAUUGCUGAUGUCAUGCCCUCAUUGUUGGAGAAGCGUCCCAGUAUUCAACUCAUCACUGUCGGUCCCGUCAUUGACCUGUAUGGGCGUUUCGCCGCAGAGAAGCUGAAUCGUCUCAUGGAACUCUAUCCCGAUCGCGUGUAUUCCAAGCCCGAGUUCACGGCCCUUCCCCCUUAUCUCUUCAGUGGUGCCGACUUCGCGUUGAUUCCAUCUCGUGACGAGCCGUUUGGUUUGGUUGCCGUUGAGUUCGGUCGAAAAGGUGCUCUUGGUGUCGGUAGUCGAUUGGGUGGUCUGGGUUUGAUGCCCGGUUGGUGGUUCCCUGUUGAAUCUAGCUCCACUGGGCACAUGUUGUCGCAGUUGUCCAAAACGAUCAAGAUGGCCCUCAAGUCAACAGAGGAAGAGCGUGCGAUACUUCGUGCACGUUCGGCUGUUCAGCGCUUCCCUGUGGUUGAAUGGCGACAGCGUACAGAGGACUUCCAUAAGCGUAGUAUCUAUCAAAGUCGGACCAUCGCAGGUCAUGAUGCGUGGAGGCCCUCUGACGGCGGCAUGGUUGCAACUAGCGCUAUCGAGGACACCGAUGACUGGGAUCCUGCUCACGAAACUCACCCGUCACAACCAGAUUGGGAUAGCCGCAGCAUCAGUAACAGCCCGCAUGUGAACACGCCCGGUGGACAGUGGAGUCAGGAAAGUUUGACCCCUGGUGGUGAUCCAUUCCUGACUGCUCCUCCUCGGCUUCUCCCCGACAACCGCAGAGGGUCUUUCAGCACCGAUAUCUCAGAUGUGGAAGGAGACUAUCGGAACAGUAUCGAUACUCGGCCAGACGGACAACAAGAAUUCGGUAACUUCUUAGACAGAGCUAAUCGAACCAUUGCGAAGGACCAAAGGAACGCCCCUGAUCCAUUCCUGGAGGCUCCCACCCGGCCAUUUGGUGCUCAUAAUCGAAUCUCUUCGGUUGAAUCUAUCGCGUCCAUCGUCGAUGAGAAGUCGAACUCCCCAUUGAACAAGGCCAUCGCUUCGUUCACCGAUUCCGAUGGUGGUGUCGCUCAAGAAUUUGUGCAGAAGUUGCAGAACCUCUCAUCAGAGAACUCUAAGGGUGAACUGUCGAUCGAGCGCUACCUUCAGAAGAGCGAAGAAGCUUUCUUCGACAAGGUUCGGAAAGAUAAACUUUCCAGCGCUGCAAGUGUCCGAUCUUCGCAAAGAGACUCAGUUUGGGGAACCCCUGCACCAUCCCUGUAUGACCACUCCCGCCCAUCAUCCCCAAAUGCACCGCCAAGUUCUGCCGGUGGCUAUGGCGAUUAUGAUGGGCCUCUUCCACAUGACAAUGGCGAGGUCGUUAUUAUGACAGGAUUACAGAUUGCAAUGGCCAGGGAAAUCGGUGGCUGGCCUUUGUACACGAUUGUCAUCGCGCUAGGCCAGAUGUUGAGUGCCACGAGUUUCCAAAUUACGCUUCUGUCAGGACAAAAUUCCGUUGAUGACUUGCAACUCUACGUGCUUGGUGCUGUCUUCUUAGCUGCUUCAGCUGUAUGGUAUCCUCUCUUCCGCUUGAAACCCUCCGUCUACGUUUUGUCUGCUCCGUGGCUCUUCUUUGGAUUGGCCUUCUUCCUCGUUGGUUUACCGUCACUUACCACGGCCCUUCACCCGGCGCACAAAAUCCUGUCAAGCAUUGCUACUUGGGCGUAUGCGGUAGCCUCUGCUGCUGCUUUCCUGUUCUUCGGUCUCAACUUUGGCGAGGAAGCAGGCGCCGCGACAGAAGUUUGGAUGUUGCGGGCUUGUAUAGUCCAGGGAUCCCAGCAAAUUUGGGUCGCUGCUCUCUGGUACUGGGGUCAUGAACUCAAUGGCGCAUCGGCAAACAGCAUGCCUCCUUGGUGGACCAUCCUUAUCCUCUGGCCGUUGGCUGCUAUCAGUUUCUUGUUUGCGUACUUGAUGCUCUAUGGAUUGCCAGAGUAUUAUCGCCAGACGCCUCCCAAGGUACCAAACUUUAUCGCGACUCUCUUCCGCCGGAAAUUGGUUCUUUGGUUCCUUGCAUCCGAAAUCCUUCGUGACUAUUGGCUAUCUGGCCCCUACGGUCGUAACUGGAGCUUUUUGUGGAGCGUACCUAUACCCAAGUGGCAGAUUGCCCUUCUCAUUGUUGCAUUCUUCGUUGGCGUCUGGGGCUUGAUGCUCUACGUCUUGACGUACUUCAGCAAAACUCACACUUGGCUUCUUCCUGUCUUCGCUGUCGGCCUUGGUGCGCCAAGAUGGUGUCAGAUGCUAUGGGGCACGUCGUCUCUCGCGCUGUACAUUCCAUGGGCAGGGAAAGGAGGCCCCUAUCUUGGAAUCUCUCUUUGGUUAUGGUUAGGGGUCCUUGACGCUAUUCAAGGUGUCGGUCUAGGCAUGAUUCUCCUUCAGACGUUGUCGCGUCUGCACGUUUGCGCAACUCUUGCUUUCUCACAAAUCAUCGGUUCUAUCUGUGUGAUGGUGGCUCGUGCAACUGCGCCCAAUAGGGUCGGUCCUGAAAGUGUUUUCCCUGAUGCGGCGAAGUGGGACUUCUCAGACGGUCUGAAGGGAAGUCCUAUGGCUUCGGCGCCAUUCUGGAUAGCAUUGAUUUGCCAGAUCGUUAUUGUCAUCGGCUACUUCUGGUUCUACCGCAAGGAGCAGCUUUCGCGUCCAUGAUCACGACUAUUGUUUCGCAUCUGCACCUAUAGACUGUUGUUAGCAUACAGACAAAACAUUUGGACUGUUACUCUACGGGGAUUCUUCGCGAUCUGGAUUUGCAUAGGGUUGGACUCUGACUUGUAUACGGACACAACUAAUUAACGUCACUCAUUCUCGCUUUCCUGAUAGAUAUACGUACUGCAUUCCUUUGUUGUGCGACUCUUUUGCACGAAGGCCGCUUGCAUUGUUAACUUCAAUCAAAUUCCAAUGUCCAUUCUAAC